UAGAAAAUUGAAAAGUAUAACGUAAAUGGCGGCGUGUUGGCUUAGUGGAUUAUAAUUAUCGUUUUGUAAGAUUGUUAGUGCGGUACAUCAAUAUUUAGAUUGCUACUUUUCAGCGAUACAACGACUGCACAUCUUCAAUAGAUUAUUUCAUUGUAUAACUUGUCAGUGAAAAAUCAAGUUGUCACCACUUUUAUAGGGAGAAAAUUGAAAUAUGUCUUCAUACAGGCCACUUGACUCCAAAAGAGAAGAAUUCCGGAAAUAUCUGGAAAAAGCUGGAGCAAUGGAUGCUUUAACUAAAGUUUUAGUUAUGCUUUAUGAUGAACCAGAAAAACCUGCAGAUGCGCUGGAAUACAUAAGAAAACAUUUGGGUGAUAACAGACCUGAGGAUGUGGAAGUAGGUGUUCUCAAAACAGAUUUGGAAGCAGCCAUUACAAAAAUCCAGACUUUGGAAGGUGAGAUCCAAGUGUUGAAAGAAAGACUUGAAAAAUAUGAGCCAGAAGAAAAACAUGCUACGGAGGAGGAAGGUGGUGCACCAGUUGAACCUACAACUGAUGCCGAACCCUCCGCAGAGGAAGCUCCAGCUGAGCCAGCAUCGGCCACAGCAGAAGAACCGCCAGCUCAAUAAACAAUUUUUAAGUUCUAUUUCAAGAUUUUUUUACCAAAGUUGCUGUGAUACAGUAUGUACAAAUGACCUCUUAAUUAGAACCAUCCAGUUAAUCGUCCAAGCCAAUACUAUUUCAUAAUAUUGUGCCAUCCUUUACAAAUAAAUUUCAAAAUAAAAUAUUUCAAUAUUUGUUUGUAUUACUUUUCAGUAUAUAUAUACAUGGUUUUCUUUAUGGAUUUAACAAUGGUAUAUCCUGCUGAAUUGAUUUGACUUAUUAAGUUUUAAUUUAUAUAUUUUCCUCUCAAAAGUACUUGUACUCAUAUUACGGAGUAAGUUUUAAGUUAAUGUGCAGUGUACUUAGUUGUACCUUGUACUUGGUAUUGUAAGGUUAAAUAUAAUUUACUGUCCAUUUUUUGGCCAGCUUGGUGCCAUCAAUUUGGCAGCACAAUAUUUUUAAUGUUCCUAUAACUUUACUAUUUAGGAAGACAAAUUGUACAUGGAGUUGAUUUAUAUUGAGCUAAGUUAUUACAAAUACUUCUAGAUGAAAAAUAUUACUUACAAACUACUUAGACAUUUUGAGGUAAACAUAAAUUACUCUACUUUCAUGUUAGAAUUAAUCACUAAUGUUCUAUUUUUUGGAUAUCUAAUGAUUAUGUUGGUAAUCAUAAAAAAAAUUAAGCAAAUGGUGUUCUAAAGAAGUAAAUUUUUAGUUUAAUUUUUCAAGAUAGUUUUAAGUUUAUUUUAUAUGUUAAUAAAGUGUGUUUGUUUAA